AUGACAAUUGUUGUAACAAAGUUACACAGAAAUAUUCUUCCACCUUUCUCGAUUGCUUACAUCUCUGAAGAACUUGAAGAGUUAUUUAGUAAGAGGAAGACCGAGUACUUGGCAAGCAAUGCGGCCGAAUAUAUCUUUAUCGCGGAUGGCUUUCUUGAGUUUAUCUGA